AUGCGUUUACCGUCCGUAAACUUAGAAAAAGUUAGCUUUGAAAAUGUUUUAGAGAAAAGGUUACCUGUUGAACAUGUGAAUGAUUCUGGAUGUUUUUCUUCAAGUACUUCAUCGGAACCUCUAAACAGCGAAUAUAUUGAAAGUCCUCAGAGUUUACUAGUUCCUUCAAGUACAAUAGCUUCUGCUAUGUUUGAACGAAUUCGUGGUACUCAAAGAUCAGUGAAAAACGAAUAUGUAGAGGUUUACACGGGUGACGAUGACUCUGAUAGUGAGUCAGCUGGUAAAACAAAAAAGCAAAAGGUGUUCGACAUGAAUGACUUGAAUGAUGAACGUAGCUUGGUUUUUGAGGCAAUUCCACCUUUAUUAGUAGCAGUGGCUGGUUUAAUGUUUGCUGGUUGGCUUUUAGAUGCCGUUCAAUAUUGGCCCGUUUUUAUUAGAGUUAAAGAACUAUUUAUUUUGGUGCCGGUAUUGUUAAAUUUAAAAGGAAAUCUAGAGAUGAAUUUAGCAUCUCGGUUAUCUACAUCGGCAAAUUUAGGAGAAUUAGAUAAACCCGCUGCGCGAUACGCGUUAGUUUGGGGUAAUUUGGCGGUCCUUCAAGUUCAAUCGCUAAUUGUUGGUGCGGUUGCUGGAUUGUUUUCAUUUAUCGAAGGGGUCAUGUUUCAUUCAGAUCACGUCAGUACUUACGAUGAGAGCAUGCUCGUAAUAGUCGCCUCAAUGAUUUGCGCAGCGUUAAGUAGUAUGAUAUUGGGAACUUUUAUGUGCGGUUUAAUAAUAUUAUGUAGACGUUUUCGUAUUAACCCUGAUAAUAUUGCAUGUCCGAUGGCUUCGUCACUGGGUGAUUUGCUUACCUUAAUCAUUCUAGCGACAUGUGGUGAAAUUUUAUUGCAACACCUUCGUACGAGUUUCAGCACCAUUAUGUUUUUUAUUCUUAUGAUAUGUGUUCCCUUGUGGGUGCGGUUUGUAUGGUCAAAUCAUUAUGUUCAUGACUUGCUAAUGAAUGGUUGGAGUCCACUAUUUAUGGCCAUGGUCAUUGCCAGCAUGGCUGGUUUGGUUUUAGAGCGAUAUAUCGAACGUUAUAAUGGACUUGCACUUUUAACCCCGGUAUUAAAUGGUAUUUCCGGUAAUUUAGGAUCUAUUUACGCGUCAAGAAUAUCCACUCGUCUUCAUAGUGGUGAAGAAGAAGAUUACCGUCGAUCGGAGAUCACACUAUUCCUAAUUCAUAUACCAAUUGAGAUCGUUUUUUUAAUAUCUGCUUGGUGGUUCAACGUUGGGCACGUUAAUCUUUCUUGGAGUUUUGCAGUCACUUAUUUGCUUGUUUCGAUAAUAUGUGUGAUAUUUACCCUUAGUCUCUCUAAAAGAUUGACCCUUUGGUUAUGGAAAAAUAAAUAUGACCCUGAUAAUUAUUCUUUACCUUACAUAUAUAUAACAUACACUUUUGCUUUAUUUAAUAAUUUUGAGAUUUAG